AUGCAAUUGUUGUACCCCAGCGCCGUGGCCAAGUCGGCAUGGUGCUUUGCCGCGCUGGCUUUGGCCGGCUUGGCAUCGGCACAGACGUCGCCUAACAGCUUGGGCCUUACCGGACCUAGCUCUAGUUCUACUUGCGACUACAUUCUUCUGCAACCAAACAAUCUUCCGGCCAAUGUCCCGGCCAAUGUUCGAUACAUAUGGACGGUAGACCCUGCAUCGCAGGUCCAGCUCACCCCUGAGGGUGUUGCCAACCUGACUGCUGGUCUUUACGGUAACGCUUUUGUGAGGAUUCCACCGAAUGCCCGGAGCGCGGAGAAAAACAACGGAACACUUCUCGUCGACCUUACGAUCCAGUACAAUGUGACGAGCAAGGCUCCCGUCCAAUCGUCCACUUCCAAGGUGGCAUCUUCCACUUCUACCUCCGUUUCCGCUAUUUCAACUCCUUGGUCAACCAUCACAGACAUCAGUGCGACCACCACUGGAACACCGGCCUCCGCCACGAUAUCGACCGCGCCCACGACUUCAGGCAAUUCCGCUACUGCUAGUGCCACUUCGGCCUCCACCUCUUCGACCAGUUCCGGCGCUGUUGCGAGCGGGAGCACCAGCUCGACAUCCGCGGGUGCCAGUGCCACGGGCGCUACUAGUGCGACGUCGACGACCAGUGCUCCUACCUCCUCUGCGACAAUCAGCAAUUCUGUUUCGAGUACCAGUACUGCAGUGACGCCCUCUGCGACCAGCGCGGCCACGACCAGCUCCGCUGCCACGAGCGCGACUACUGCGACUUCUACGCCCAGUGCUGUUACCUCUUCUACAACCGCCACGAUUUCGGCUGCGAGUACCAGCACUGCAGUGACGCCCUCUGCAACCAGCGCGGCCACGACCAGCUCCGCUGCCACGAGCGCGACUACUGCGACUUCUACGCCCAGUGCUGUUACCUCUUCUACAACCGCCACGAUUUCGGCUGCGAGUACCAGCACUGCAGUGACGCCCUCUGCGACCAGCGCGGCCACGACCAGCUCCGCUGCCACGAGCGCGACUACUGCGACUUCUACGCCCAGUGCUGUUACCUCUUCUACAACCGCCACGAUUUCGGCUGCGAGUACCAGCACUGCAGUGACGUCCUCUGCGACUACACCCUCCUCGAGCAGCACAAACACCGGCAGCGCCAGUGUCACUACUACCAGUCCCGCUGUCACGAGCAACACCGCUUCAGUUACAUCCUCGUUGAGCAGCACGGACACAGUGAGCAGCAGUGCCACCGCUACUAGCUCCGCUGCGACGAGCAGCAGCGCGGAGGCCACGACGUCCUCUAGCAGCGCGGACACCAGCAGCAGCAGCAGUGCUGCUCCUACGAGCUCUUCUGAUACGAGCACGAGCGCGGCGGCCACAACGUCCUCGAGCAGCACCAAUAAUGAUAGCAGCAGCAGCAGCGCCACUGACGUGUCGACUUCAUCUUUGGCGACGUCCAACACCGAUGUGACGACAAGCUCGAGCUCCAGCGCCGAGGCGACCACCACCUCGGGCACCGAGGCUUCGUCAAGCACUGAAGCGGGGACCUCCUCGAGUACCGAUGUGUCGUCGAGCACCGAUUCUAACAUUGCAACGACGACGAGCACAGACACUUCGACAACUGAAGCCAGCAGCACUGAUAGUUCCACCGAUAGUUCCACGGUCAGCUCCACCGCCGAUGAACCCACCACCACGAGCACGGACAGUUCCACUACUGAGGCGUCCACAAGCUCGACCGAGGAGCCGUCCACAAGCUCAACCGAGGAGCCGUCCACAAGCUCGACUGAAGAACCGUCAACUAGCUCGACCGAGGAGCCUACCACAACCUCGACUGAGGAGUCGUCCACAAGUUCGACCGAGGAGCCAUCCACAAGCUCGUCUGAGGAACCAUCAACCAGCUCGACCGAGGAGCCUACCACAACCUCGACUGAGGAGUCGUCCACAAGUUCGACCGAGGAGCCGUCUACCUCGACUGAGGAGUCGUCUACCUCGACCGAAGAGCCUACCACUACCUCGACUGAGGAGUCGUCCACAAGUUCGACCGACGAGCCGUCCACAAGCUCGUCUGAGGAACCAACCAGCUCGACGGAAGAGCCUACCACUACAUCGACUGAGGAGUCGUCUACCUCGACUGAGGAGUCGUCUACAAGCUCGACCGAGGAGACAAGUUCGACUGAGGAACCGUCAACUACCUCGACCGAAGAAACAACUACAAGCUCAGCUACCGAAGAGCCAAGUCCUGUGUCGCCCGCACCUUUCCGUCGGCGGGGGCGUCUGGGACUCUGGGAGACGAACAAGGUGGGCCGCCUCAGCAAGCGCCAGGACACCAUCACGAGCUACAAUGCGUCCACAUCCAUCAGCGUCUCUGUGGUCUCUACUGCUCAGCCAUCCAUCUCCAUCGGCGCCACCGUCGCAUAUACGGGUGCCGGUACCGCCCUUACCCUCAUCGCUAAAGGCGCCUUCACGUCCUGCACGGAUAACAGCAGCAAUACUCUGACGUACCGGUGGACCACGAGUGUACCAGGAGGUUUCCCGUCGGGGAGCGUCACCAACACCGCCCAGCUGUACGUGCCUAGCGGUAUCACCUUGACAAGCAACCAGACCGUCACUGCCACCGUGACGACCAGCGGAGGAUUGACUGCGAGUACUACGAUCCCAUUGCUACCUAUUGCCCCUCGUCUUCGUGUUGUCGUAUCUCCCAGCGGCGAUGCCACCAUCGGUGCAACCCAACCUUUGCUGCUUGACGCCUCUUCCAGCUCCGAUGCGGCUUACCCCGGCGCUCGCCUAAGCUUCUUGUGGACUUGCACCGCGACCAUCGGCGAUUGUCCUACUGACAUUACGCAGUCGACUGCUGACCACAUCUACGUCAAUCCGGGCACAUUCAAGGCCGGCUCGACUUACAAUAUUACCGUCACUGUCUCCGAGACAAACCCGUCUGCCUCGGUCAGCAAGAGCACGGUUAUUACGGUCAGCGACGAGGCAAAGUUUGGAUGCUGGUUGUUUUACGACGCUACCAAUACUCCUCGUAACGCCAUAACCAGGAACUCCGUCGUCGGCUUCUUCGUCAACUGCUUCGGAGUUGAGGCCGCUGAGAAGGCUUCCGCAACCUACACCUGGACCAUCGACGACCCCGAUGUUAACCUCCAGGCGGCUGGCGUGUUCGCCGCCGGUGGCCAGAACCAGCCCUACAUCUACCUCAACCCCGGCAUCUUGAGCAGCGGUGGAGACUACAACUUCACCGUGACGGCAACGACCAACACAGGCAAAACGGCUUCGGACAGCGACCAGAUCUCUGUUUUGGGUGCUCCGUCCGGUGGACGCACGAACUGCAACCCGAGUUCUGGAACCGCCUUCGUGGACGAGUUCAGUAUCUCCGCUCCCGGAUGGGUGUCCAGCGCUGGUGAUGACUCAUCCCUCACCUACCUUUUCGUUAUCGUCGAUGCUGCUGGUUCCGAGUAUCCCUUGGGCACUAGUUCGUCGGUCAGCACCAUCCUUACCUCUAUCCCGGCUAUUGGAGACAACCUCAUCGUUCGCGUGUACGUCACAGACGAGUUCGGCUCACAGACCAUUAGCAACUUGCCUGGCAUCACCGCCGGCCAGAUCAGCGACGUCCAGAUCGACAAUGCCGUGGCCAGUCAGGCUCUCGCUGUCACGGCCGCUUUGGCGAGCGGUGAUAUCUCGGCGCUUUUGGCUGCAAGUUUCGCGAGCGCUGCUUUGGUUGGUCAGUCCAACGCGGCUGGUUACGCCGACGAUGCCGCGGAAAAGCGAGCGGCAGAAAGGCAGACGGUGGUUGUCGACGCUAUGGUUAGUUUCGCUGCGAGCGCCAAGACCGCCGACGCUUGUACUCAAGGUGCCAAAGCCUUGUUGAGGAACGACAUCUCUAUUAUUACAGCGCAAGCGAGCGCUCUCGGGGCUUUGGGUACCUUCGCUGCCAACUUGUUGGCCGACACAUCUCCGACCGCUAAGCCGUUGGACCGCGGCGUCGUUGGUUCGACCUGCAACACCCUCGGCAACAUCUUCCCUAGGUUUUCCUCCAGCCGCAACACCCUCCGCAGACGUGCGGACACCCCCAGCUCCGGCGCGAUCACCUACCCACCCAAAUUCGGCGCAACGGCUCUCCCCGACGACACCGUACAAACCUCAGCCCUGGCCGCGGUCCACCAAAGCGGCGCGGCAAUGGUUAAAGGCCAAAGCUGUGACACCGCCAGCGUCCCUAUCACCGUCUCGGGCGCGACCUCGCUCGCCUCCAAUGUGGUCCCGCUGUUCCUCAACGGCAGCGCCACGGCCAUCGGGUACAAGAACGCCCGCGUGAUUCACCCGCUCAUCGGUCCAGAGGUAUCCAACAACGAUCAGUCCAAAAUCGACGAGCAGCCCGCGGCAUCCCGCUCGUCCUUCCGAGGGUGCAUCUCGUCCACCUCCGUCGUUAUCCCCUCCCUGCACGGUGCGGUCGCGUCGCAGAACUACAGCAGUCAGGUUCUUUCCGUUUCCUACGCGCGUCCAUCCGAGAUCAUCUACAACGGCCUGGGCGGCGUCAACAUCGACAUCUGGAUCCCCGAAGAAACGUCCGCGUACACGUCCCAGACAACCAAACCCGAAUGUCGCGUGUGGAAUGGAAGUGCGUUCAGUGCGGCGGGAUGCAAGACGCUCGAGAGCACGGUCGAGACGGUGGUAGCGACCGGCCAGGAGGUCAACCUCGUCCACUGCAACUGCGCGUUCAGGCCCCCGGGUGCUUUGCGCCGUCGGGCAUUCUCGGACGCUACGGCCAACGGGUUCACCAGCGCCGACUUUGCGAUUAGCCGGGUUGCAGCCGACGUUAUCGCGCCUCCCGGCGGUACCACCACUGUCACAACUUCCACCGGCGAACCCACGAGUACGCCUACGGGUCCCCCUGGCGGCCCGGGCACUGGUAGCAGCUCCAAGUUGUCCGGCGGUGCGAUUGCGGGUAUCGCGGUCGGUUCCGUUGUCGGAGCGGCGGUUAUUGCGGUCGCUGGUGUGUUGAUCGUCAGAGCCCGCCGACCUCGUCAACCGCAAGUCACCGCAGUUUAAGAAAAGGAGAUAUCGACAAGCAGAAGAUGAUAGAACACACAUACGACAUCCUUCUACCUUCGACAUACUUUUCGAUCAUACCAACAACGUAUAGUAAUGUUUUCUAAUGUGCACACAACAACCUCAGCAUAUUGCGAAGCGGCGAGGUCUAUAGGGAGCCUCGACCGCUUUGGCACUGGGGCGUAAAUCAACGGGGGAAAUGGGGAGAGAGGUGUUGUUUUUGUUGAGCAAAACUUUGGUAUAAGGACCGAAAGAAAACUAUAAUAUGAUACCCUAAAACUAUAUGUUGUGC